GUUUAUUGCAUUGAAAUAGUAAAAUAAAUAAAAUGUUGUAUGAUAUUCAGAUUUAUUGAGUUGUGCCUGCAUUUUCUUGUCAAGAGUUCUGACAUUCUUAGUUUUUGCAGUAAGUAAAUAAAUGCCUUGAGAAUGGAAAGAAGUCAAAUGGUUCAGUCCGCCCUACGCUCAAGCUGUAAUGGUCUCUCCCUGUAUAUAACAGGUGAAUCUGCUCUCUGCUGUGCGCUUUUAGAGCUGUCAGUGGACAAUGGACAGGAGCUCUUCGGGUGAUGGACAGAUAAAGUAAGGUGUCUUUGCGCUCAGCAUUCCCAAAGUGGCUCAUAAAUGACCUGACCUGCUCUUCAAACCCUUCUAGGACUUUAGUAGUAACUCCAGGGUUUUUAUUUUUUCUUUCUCCUCCAGUGUUGCUGUUGAACGGGAACAGUGGUAAAAUGCUGCCGUGGAAGAAGAAUAAGUUCGACCUGAUUGAGGAAGACAAGCAGUCCAAGCAGAAGGGCUAUGCGGUGAGUCUGAACUACUCGGCGCUCACGUCCUUCGCCAAGUCCUGCCCGGAGAGCGCACUCAACAGGGUGGGCAGCAUGUUCAAGUCCAAGAGGAAAAAGGUGAAGAUCACCAGCGAAGACCCCACCUACACGGUGCUGUACCUGGGGAAUGCCACCACGAUCCAGUCCAAAGGAGAGGGCUGCACGGACGUGGCCGUGAGCAAGAUCUGGGGUAAGAGUGAGAUGGGCAAGAACGGCACCAAGAUGCGGCUGACCGUGAGCUCACAGGGAAUAAGAAUGGUGCAUGUGGACGACAAGGCGAGGAGACCGGGACACCUGUACCUGCUGCACCGGGUGACUUACUGCGUGGCGGACCCCCGGCUCCCCAAGAUCUUCGCGUGGAUUUACAGGCACGAGAUGAAGCACAAAGCCGUGAUGCUGCGCUGCCACGCCGUGCUGGUGUCCAAGCCGGAAAAGGCGAAAGCCAUGGCGCUGCUGCUGUACCAGACCUCGGCCACGGCCCUGGCCGAGUUCAAGAGACUGAAGCGCAGAGACGAUGCCAGGCACCAGCAGCAGCAGCUCAUCGGGGAGCAGACCAUCCCGCUGGUCCCGCUGAGGAAGCUGCUCAACGGACAGUGUUACUACAAACCCCCUGUGGAGCGCAGCCGGAGCGCCCCGAAGCUGGGCUCCAUCACCGAGGACCUGGUGGGGGAGGAGGAGGAGGAGAAAGCGACGAACUUCGAGUGUGAGGACAUUUUAGACUCGGACUGUGUUAACGAAAAACACGAGUUAACUCAGAUCAUUAAUGACUUGGGAGAGAUGAGCAUAGGAAACGACGUGCAGACUCUGAAGGCUGACCUCAGGGUCACCAGACUCCUCUCUGGAGAGAGCACAGGGAGUGAGUCCUCUAUAGAAAGCAACCAAGAGCUUCCCCCACUCAGCAACAAGCUGGGGGAGGUCAAGGUACUGGAAGUAGCCUGAAUGACUAUUGUCUGUGCCUCCCAGUGGCUUUGCUUUGUUGAGCCACAUUAUCUCCAUGAGCAACAUUUGUAGAGAUACACCGAUCAGGCCUAUUCCAGUUUCCAAUUUUGACCAAUUCCGAUUUCUUUAUUUCUCCGACUAAAACGCAUAAAAGAAAAAUAUGCUGCAGGUUCGUUAGAGGUAGGAGUUUUGAAUCAAACAGAAAAUUAAGGAAAAUUAAAAAAAUUAUAUGGAUUAUUACAUACACAUUUUGUUAACAUUGUUGAUGUUCGUUAAAGUGCAUCAAAGUACAUGAUGUAGCUUAAUGCCUUCAUAGACCAAAACUGGUGGGAUUUUCAUAAUUUUGAACAACUGUUUGCAUGGAUAUGCAUUCGGAUGCCAAUCACCUAUCAAAUGAUCAAUUGGUGCAACUCUAGAUAUUUGUUCUCUGUGUUGGGGAGCGUUGUCUGAUAUGUGCCUCUAACUAAAGGAGAGAAGCUUUUGGAACUACUGCAGCACACAAACCCCCAUUCUGGCUACUGAAUGACCCUUUAAGAUGUUUUCAACAGAAACAGUGGGAAAUUGCAUGCACAAUUGAGAGAACCCCCAGUGUGUGAAGAUGCCUGCAGAAAAUCAGCCCCUUGUUGUAGCAUCAAGCUUGUUCACCUAAGGUUUAUUUCUCACUUGAAGCAUCCAAAAGCAGCAUUCUGUUUUUUUUAAAAGCACCUUUCCUUCUUUAGUGCUUCAGUGGGUCUGAGUCCCCUCCUCGUUUUCCUGUCGGGGCACUUCUGUGACAUCCUGCUUUAUUUUUGUGCUGUUGUUGACAACCAUGUACAUAAUGUAUGCCAGAAAGUUGUCUCAGACAUAAAUGUCAUAUCUUUGCUGUGCAAAAGAGAGAAAAACAUUUAUGUACUAAGUUGUAAAAUAUGUUUUAGCUGUAAAAAAUAUUGUUUUUUAAAAAAAUGUAUGAAAUGUGGUUUAAUAUGUGAACCUCUUUAACUCUUUAAUAAAAAAUAAAACAAA